AUGUUCCUGCAACGCAAAGUAACAGGAUGGCUAGCUGAUAAACUGGGCAGUCACUUCCGGACCAGGAACGCCUUCAAGACCAAGAUGGCUUCUUCCCACGACCUCACAUCCGGCUCUGAGGACACCGCCCAUGAUACAGCGGAUGGUGUUCUACAGCCAGAGACUAAGGCGCAUACAUCAAAAGAGCCAGAGCAAGAGGGGCAUGGGGACGAGAGGCCGCACACGCCAGAACGACAUCUGGAUCCGGGACCGGGACCGCAAGAAGACGUCGGAGAAGACAUCGAGAACACGCCGCCCCAUUCUACCUUGUCCCACCGAUUUCGAGACUCGCACAAAGAGACUCGCGGACUAUCUGUCUUGGUGUCCGCGCCUGCUCGUCCCUGGGAAUACCAGCCAUUGCAAGGCGCUACAACGGUAGAAAAGGUCUUGAAGGAGACCCCAGGACCCGCAGGUACCACAUGGUACAGAAUUGAGUAUGAAAACGACACCGAAGAUACUGUCUCCUUAGAAAAGCUCCUGCAACUUCGCAACGGCCAGAACGCACUCAACUUCUUCAAUGACGGCCCUGACGAUUCGAACGACUCUAACGACCCACUAAGCGCAGAGCGCAACAUGUCUGGUCAGGCUGGUAAGCGCUUACGCGGGAGACCUCCCAACGUGCGUAUCGUGGACAGCUCACAUCUUUCAAUUGAUACCGAUUCCGAUGAGCAAACCGACAAACAAGCAAUCACCAAGAAGCGCCGCCUUGAGAAGGGACGUGUUUCUCUAUUGACAAGCAACAGUACUCGCCAGAGCAGCCGAGUCGGCAGUAGAGUCAGCAGUAGAAUCAGCAGCCGCCCUGCUCAAACAAUCCACGAUGAGGAAAGCUCUGAAUCGGAGUCCGAUAGUCUAAGACCCGCGAGACGCUCUUCGGGGCGCAUUAAUAAAACGCACAUCAAGAGGAAACUCAACCGAGCUGCUCGAUCUGACGAUGACGCUGAUGAACUGGCGGGCCCUAUGCAGUUCGGAAGCGAUGAUGGCUCUGAUAUUGUCUACCGGCGGUCAAAUCAUCCGAAGCGCAGCAUACGUCAAGGCAAAUCCCAAACCACGCGUGGAAGAGGUAGACCUCGUAAGUAUGCUAGCUCAACCGCCUCGCCAGAGCGCGCAGAGCCGAGUCGCCGCUCAGGACGUGAUCGUGUUGUGAAGAACAUGAAAGAGCGAGAUAUGGACGAAGAGAUGUACGCUGACGACGGCCCUACGAAAAACACGCCUAAGGUCCUCAGCAUUCGAGAGAUUUAUCAACCCGUCCCGAAGAAUGACCGCUUUGCCUUGUUCCAUAACAAGUCUUGCGAUGUCUGUUCAGGGGUUGGACCGGAUUCUAACAAGGGCACGAGUCCUCUGAUCCACUGCCAAGGUUGCUCAACAUCGAUUCACAAGGUCUGCCUCGGAUACCGCAGUACCAGAGAUCACGCAGUGACUAAGGUUGGCCACGAGAACUUUGUCUUGCAAUGUCGCCGGUGCAUUGGUCUUGCUGCAAAGAAGGAUCCCUCGGCACCACACUUGGACACCUGUCAAGAGUGCAAGAAGCCUGGCCCCGCUUGCAAGGCGUUCGCUCCAAAGAAGACCACCAAGCAGGAAGAAAAGUUGAGACAGGAAAACGACGGAGACGAUCCUAUUACUAAGGUGCCUGAGACAUUGGUCAACAAUGCCGAGAACGUUUUGUUCAGAUGUAUCUCCUGCUACCGGGCUUACCACUUCGACCACCUUCCAGGUCUCAAUAUUUCAAAGGACAUCGAGGAAGAAUUGGGUACUAGUGAGCUUCGGGAGAAGCGUUUAAAGGAGUACACACCGAGAUGGCAGUGCAGGGAUUGUUACCUGGUCCCUGCCAAGGUUCAAACGCUCGUUGCCUGGAGACCUGCCAAUCGUGAAUCGUACAAAGAAGGCCAGACUAUCUUCGAUUUCGAUGAAGAUGAUAAGGAGUAUCUUGUGAAAUGGACCGAGCUUUCCUACUUCAAAUCUACUUGGAUGCCUGGUGCCUGGGUUUGGGGUGUUACAGCUGCUGCCAUGCGCAAGGCUUUUAUCAAUCGUGAUGAGGGUGUCAACGAGCUUCCAAAGUGGACUAAUGAGGAGGCGGUCCCCGAGGAAUACCUUCGCAUGGAAAUUGUCUUUGACGUCCGUUAUGACGAUGAAUUCGAGCAAGAGUCGGAAGCAGACGACAAAGCUUCAAUCAAUAUGGUUCAAGAGGUUCUGGUCAAGUUCCAAGGCCUGGGCUACGAUGAAGCUGUCUGGGAGGAGCCACCCAAGCCUUCUGAUGAGGCUCGUUGGAGCGACUUCGUUUCGGCUUACAACGAAUAUGUGGCUGGGAGAUAUUUGAAGCAGCCACCCGUAGCUGACAUGAAGGAACGCCAAGAGAAAUUCCGCUCUCUGAACUUCGAGAAGAAGGUUGAAUUGAAGAAGCAACCAUCGGCUCUGACAGGUGGUCAGAUGAUGCCUUAUCAGAUGGAGGGUCUCAACUGGCUGCUGUACAAUUUCCAUCAAAAGAAGAACGUCAUUCUCGCGGAUGAGAUGGGUCUCGGAAAGACUAUUCAGCUCAUUGCAUUCAUGGCAUCCCUAGCCAAAGAUAAUCCACGAUGCUGGCCCUUCCUCGUAGUCACUCCCAACUCAACCUGCCCCAACUGGCGACGAGAAAUCAAGAAGUGGGCUCCUAGCUUGCGGGUUGUUGCAUACUACGGUGCUAAGAAGGCGCGAGACAUGGCUAUGGAGUAUGAGCUCUACCCCGAUGGAUGCUCUGAUCUCAGAGCUCACGUGGUCGUUACCUCCUACGAAGCACCCGUUGAUGACCACAGCAAAUCCUUCUUCAGACGCAUCAGAUGGGCAGGUAUGAUUGUUGACGAAGGUCAGCGAUUGAAGAACGAUGCAAACUUGUUGUAUGUUGCGUUGAAGGCACUGAAGGUCCCGUUUCAAGUCCUUCUUACGGGUACGCCUCUUCAAAACAACAAGCGCGAGCUUUUCAAUCUCCUCCAGUUUCUCGACACUUCUAUCAAUGCUGCUGACAUGGAUGAAAAAUACGCCGAAUUGACAAAGGAGAAUCUCCCCGAGCUGCAUGAGCUCAUCCGUCCCUUCUUUUUGAGACGGACCAAGCUUCAGGUACUGAAAUUCCUGCCUCCAAUGGCCCAGGUCAUCCUGCCAGUUUCGAUGAGUGUUGUCCAGAAGAAGCUAUACAAAUCAAUCCUGGCUAGGAGUCCGGAGCUUAUCAAAUCCAUUCUCGGACAGAGCAGUACAGUUCUCAAGCCGAAGGAGAGAGGUAACCUAAACAAUAUCUUGAUGCAGCUCCGGAAGUGCCUCUGCCAUCCAUUCCUAUACAGCUCGGCCAUCGAAGAAGUCUCCAAGACGGACACUGCGGACGAUGUUCACUCCAAGCUUGUCGAAGCAUCUUCUAAGUUCCAGCUGUUGAAGAUCAUGUUACCAAAAUUGCGAGAUCGUGGUCACCGCGUACUUUUGUUCAGUCAGUUCUUGAUGCAGCUCAACUUGGUUGAAGACUUCUUGAAUGGCCUCGGGCUUCCUUUCCAGCGACUAGAUGGAACCAUUGGAUCUCUGGAGAAGCAACGACGUAUCGACGCCUUCAAUGCGCCAGACUCGGAGCUAUUCGCAUUUCUGCUCUCUACCCGUGCCGGAGGUGUAGGUAUCAAUCUAGCUACCGCCGAUACAGUUAUCAUCAUGGAUCCUGACUUCAAUCCGCACCAAGACAUCCAGGCCCUCUCUCGUGCUCAUCGCAUUGGUCAAAAGAAGAAAGUGCUGGUCUUUCAAUUGAUGACCAAAGACAGUGCCGAAGAAAAGAUUGUUCAGAUUGGUCGCAAGAAGAUGGCCCUGGACCAAGCCCUCAUUGAGAGCAUGGGCGCCGAGGACGACGCUGGUGUCGAUUUGGAAUCUAUUCUCAGACAUGGUGCCCAAGCACUAUUCGCCGACGACGAUCGUAACGACAUUCGAUAUGACUCCGCUUCCGUUGACAAGCUCUUGGACCGAACACAGGUCGAGAACACCGACCUAGACGAUGAAAAGAGUGCCGAGUCCCAAUUCUCAUUUGCCCGUGUGUGGGCUAAUGACAAGGGAACUCUUUCUGAUGAUGUCGGCGAUGACAAUUCCGAUGAUGUCCCUCCAGAUACCUCACUAUGGGAGAAAAUUCUCAAACAGCGAGAGGCCGACGCAGCCGCCGAAGCGGCCAGAGACGCACAGGCAUUUGGACGAGGAAAGCGGGCACGCCAGACCGUCACAUACCGUGAAAAUGAGAACAAUAACAAGAUGGACAUUGAUGACCCCUCCCCAGUGAAAUCGAGAAAGAAAAAGCCCAAUGGAUCUGCCAGCGACAUUGACUACCAAUCCGCUCCCGAGACCGAAAUCGAUGAAGAUUCCGACGCUGGUCUGGUUGCUCUGAGCGAGCUCCAAAACAAGGCAAAAGGUAAAAAGCUCAAACCCUUGCCAACAGGCGCUGUUGCUGUUUCCAAGCCAGUCAUCUACUCCGGAGCUAGGACUGGAACGCUUACGCUCUUUCACCCUCUGCUACUCAAGACACAGGUUUCUAAGCAGAACCUACCAGCCCCAAAACUGGCUUCUAGUAGUGCUACGAAACAGAACACCGUGAGCGCUACAAAUCAGGGAGUCUCAAAGAAAGCUCAGCCCGCUUCAAGUGCAAGGCAGCCUCUCAAAAAUCCUACCAACAGUGUGGCUGCUGCCCAGAAAGCACAGUCUCGCCCCUCUCCAGUUCAGUUGCAGAAGAGAGAAGAGACUGCGGAGAACCCACCCGCUUUCUCUAGCCCUUCAGAUUCAAAGGAUCAUGUUCACCGGACUGUCCAAUCGUCGCAAGCUGGCUCAAAUUCGUCAAAUUCUGCGAUCAAAUCCCAGAACGUCGAAGCUACUCAAGCUAACAAGAUUUCGCAGUCACAGAACCCUUCCCGCCACCCCCCAUCACAAGCACAAUCCCAAGCCAAGACCGGGCCCUCCAAGACCGUACAAGCCAGCAAAGCUCAGCUUCUAUCCCGCACUCCCCCAUCUCAGCCACAGUCCCAAGCCAAGGCCAGGCCCUCCAAGACGGCACAAGCCAGCAAAACCCAGCUCCUUUCCCACCCUCCCACCAACAGCCGAGUUUCGCGCAAAAGCCCAGUAGCCAAGCACAAUCCCAAGUCCCCCAGUGGAAGGCCGGUCACAACCCCUCCGCUCCCGGCUCCGGUCCUCAAGCCUCCAACCACCUCCCGGCCUCAGCCUACGGCGUCGUACCAGGACCCCACCCUGAUAAAGGCGGAUUCACCCGUUCCUUUAACCCCGCCCGUCAAAAUCAGAAUCAAACUCAAGGUCAAUUCCAGCAUCAAGUAA